AUGGCGAACGACGAGAAGAACGACUCGCCAGUCUCUCCCAUUGACACUGGGAGGGACCAGGGCGUCUUGACGGACGAGAAACUUGCUGCUCUUGUAAAGGGCGCACAUACCGAGGAGCUCCACCGACUCAACUCCGAGGAAGAAGCUUUUGAAUCGCAUCUCAAUGUCACAGAAGAUGAUCUCAUCGAGGCCAAGGCCGUUGCUGCCACCCUUUCCUUGGAGGGAGUGCGCAAGCACGAAGAUGCCAUUGACACAGGACGCAGAUGA